AUGAUAUUUCGGUCCACGGUGUCUUCGACGAGCCCCGGCGUCUGGUCGUCGGCCGAGCUGGCCUUCCCGCUCGGCGGGGGCGUGGCCCAGGCCCCGGGGGAGCUCACCGUGAGCCGGAUCUCGGCGCCGCAGCGCGAGGAGGCCCGGGUCCGCCUGCGGAAGCCCAUCCCGAGGCGCAAGGGCGCCGACAUCAAGUUCAGCGCGGCGCCCAUCGAGCAAACGCUGCGGCAGCGGCGGGCGCUGCAGCCCUCGGCGUCGGAGCCGGCGCUGGCGCCCGGUCCGCCGGGGCGCUCGUCGACGGAGCUGCCGCACAUCACCGCCUCGAGCCAGCCGCUGAUAUGCGCGAGCGGCUCGAGCUGGUUCCCGGGGUCGUCCUCGUCGUCCUGGCGCACAGGGCCGCGGGCGGCCGCCUCCGCCGGAGCGUCCGCGUCGCUGGGGCUCAGCACCUCGUCGCGCUGGCCCUCCGCGGGCCCCGACGCCGAGCGGCGGGCGCACGAGCUCGAGGGCGGCCGCGCGAUCGCCAGCCCCCGGUCGCCCGCCAGCCGCGCGGCCUCCCCGCCGCCCAGCCAGAGCGCGUCUCCGCGGGCGACUGGCGAGGGCUGGAUGGACAGCUCCACGGGCUGGAUGCCCGCGGGCGCCUCCACGGCCGGCGGCUCGUCGGCGUUCCAGUCCUCCAGCCAGAAGCACCGCGGGGCGGCGUGGAAGCCGAACCCGUGGAUGGGCGUCCUCAGCGGCAGCAUCCGCGUGGAGGCCCCGUUCGUGGCCACCAUGGCCGAGGGCUACUGCGACACGGAGGCGUGCGUCCACUGGUACCGUUCGGUGCAGGCCGAGGGCCAACACAGGCCGCUGCUCUCCGAAGGGUUCGCCUUUGGGGACCAGGAGAGGGAGGCCCAGGUGUCCCGGAUGGUGCUGCCCUGGGCACGCGAGCGGCAGGCGGCGCUGCAGAGGCUCAAGUGCGUGAAGCCGGAGUCCGGAUGGGCGACGCACCUCCGGGCGCAGGCGUCCCUGUUCGCGAGGCUGGACGCCGCCGGGGUGUUCCGGGGGCCCAGGGCGUUGCCCAUUGCUUUGGGUGCGCGGCUCGGCAGUGUGGAGGAGGCGCACAAGGUAUGGGGCCGCGCGAGCAUGAUGGAGCUGGCUGGCGGCCUGGCGCUGCUGGGGGUGGACCCCGAGGUCGUCUGUGGCCUCGACGAGAGGGGGCUCCUCCAGCUCGCCGACCCGACGUGCAGCGGCACGUGCUCCCUCGACGACAUCGCGAGGUUGAGGGAGCCGCUCGCCAUCCUCCGGCGGAAGCUCGAGCACGACGCCGCUAGGGGGCCGCAGGCGCGGCCUGCAGAAAAGGCCGAGGCUGCUGGCGGCGGCGCAGAGGACGAGGAGGAGCCGCGGAUGAGCGAGGAGGAGCGGAGCGCGGCGCAGUUCAAGUGGGUGCGUGUCGCCAGGUGGAUGGCCUUCGCCGAGCUGCGGCGGGCCCUGAGCUCCUCGCAGUCGCCGCGGCGCCGGGGCUGGCGCGCUCCGUCGGGCGCGGAGGGGGCCGAGGUCGAGGGCGGCGCCGCCGAAGGCGGCGCCGCCGCGGCCGAGGCCCUGGGUGCGGCGUUUCCGGGGCUCGAGCUGGAGACUUUGGCGAUGCUGCGCGAGCAGGACCGCACCCUGAAGGUGUUCUUCGCAGCCUCCGCGAGCAUGCGGCUGCAGGACGGCUCCCGCGCGAUGGACAUGCCGGACUGGCUGCUCUUCUGCUCCGACCUGCGGCUGGCGGACCCGCUGAGACGCCCCAGGGGGGGCGCUGGCGCUAUCGAGCGCUGCUACGAGGAGGCGCUGGCCUUCCAGAAGGCCAGGGGCGGGCAGCAGGAGGGCCUCGCGUACGCUGCCUUCAAGGUGGCCCUCGGCGGCCUCUCCGGCGUGGUGCGCCUCGGCUGGCGCGCCCUCCUGGUGCGCCUGCUCGACCUCGGCGGGGCCUCGGCCGCGGGCAGCGCGGCGGAGUGA